AAGUGUGUGUCGCCGGUUGUGCGCGCGAUGAGUUUCUCGUUGUGCAGCUAACGCGCAGUGAUAGCGUUGUAACAGCCAGCUAAUGUCAUUGUAAUACCCGCAUAUUGACGCAUAUUGAGUGAAACAUGGCGAUGCUGAAGCGCUCGCACAAUACCUGCCUCGUCAAAGGCCUCUUCGCUUCCUUGGCCGUAACAUGCCUGGUCGGCCUCUACUAUGGCUACCGGCUUAUGGUGUCCAACGAGGCCAAGUUUUCAUUUGGCCGGACUGCUGGUGGUGAACCUCUGGUCGAGUCUGAUGAAAGUGGCCCGGGUGCUCCUGUACACGUGGUGUUGGUGACGUCCAAUGCCGGGCUGGGAGGUGCUGUGGCGGCCAUGGUGAGCAUGGUGCGCCACAGUCGCCGGCCGACGUCCUCGCUGCGCUUCCACGUGGUGACGGACAAUGCGACCCAGUUUCACCUACACGCCUGGAUGCACCAGGCACAGCUGGCACAGUUCCAGUACGAGGUGCUCACCUUCCCUCAGGCUCAGCUUGUCGCUCCCGAGCUGGUCACCAUCCUGCAGCUGCCAUACGCCAAGCUCUACCUUGGCCGACUACUGCCUGCUCUGAGGGGACCUGUCGUUGUGCUAGACGAUGAUGUCAUCGUGCAAGGUGACAUAUCGGAGCUGGCCUCCCUGCCCAUUCCAGAUGGUAGCAUAGGACUCUUCUCAAAAGACUGUGAUAGCGUGUCCAGAAGGUACAACACAGCGGGGAGUCGUUACCACCAGCUUCUGGACCUGAGUCGGUCAUCACUACGUGACUUAGGCCUGGAGUCCAACGAGUGCGCACUCAACUUGGGUGUGUUUGUGGUGCGCAUGGCCGACUGGGUCCGACAGAACGUCACCGAGAUGGCGGAGAACUGGAUCAGAGCGAAUCUCAGGGAGAAAAUCUUCAAGCGGGAGGGACCCCUGGGGCCCCUGCUGCUGGCACUCCACAACAAAACCAGCCUACUGGACCCCCAGUGGCACGUUCGGAAUCUAGGGGUGACACCAGGGAGCCAGUACUCGCGUCUAUUCGUGACCAGUGCCAAGCUGUUGCAGUGGUCGGGUCGCUUCAAGCCGUGGAAUGCCCGCUCUCCAUACUCGGACAUCUGGCACAGGUACUUUGUGCCAGAUCCUACGGGCCGCUUCCGGCCGGCCUCCCAUGGAGGAGGGGCUGCCUCGCUCAUGUCCGGUCAGCGAUCCCAGAGGCCUACAGCUGCACAGCCAGAUCGACGACUCAAUAUGGUUUGAAAAUGAGGCAACAACCUUAGGUCGGUUGGAUAAACACUCAUUGUGUUGGCUACGAGGCAACACUAGACGAAAGAGAUGAGAGGAUUGAGGCAAGAUUGCCAAGGUUCGCAGCUCUUGAGUUUUCAGGGGUGGUCCUAGAUGCAGAAAUUGCAUAUGGCACAGACAAAGAAUCGAAAGUGGAUGCGAACGGGGCAGAUGCCUGCUUGCAUAUGAGGCUGAAUGUUUCAUGAAAUGGGAGCAAAGUCUUCCAGUUCUUUGAUUGCCAGCUGCAGAUUCUCUGAUGAGGCAGCGCAAGGUGUCUUUUAUUUUCUUCACUCUUUCGCUUUCCCUACAUUUAUUGGGCAACAUGUCUGGUCUCUUACAUGUGUGGUCUUUUAGUUGUGGCAGUCAUCAGAAUGCCAGCGUUAAUUUAUAACCCUAGCUUUAGGGAACGGAUCUCAACUUAUCCCCUCUUGAAAACUUUGGAGGCUACACGUAUGAACACCUUGGUUUAUUUAUCUUGUGACGUAUGAAGGAGGUAUGAGCCAAUUAUUAUUUGAAAGCUAGCUAGUGAGCAUUGCUUACAUUCUGCAACCUGCACAUGACGAGAACGACCAUUAGAAGGCAUGAACACACCAAGACUUUAUUUUGUGGGGUCGCGAUAGUCAAUUUGAAUCUCGAAUUUCCAGCAUGUUAUCUAGAGUGAACUUUCGCCACCGCUUUCACAUCUGGAAAAAGUUAUGUAUGUCACAAUGAGGAGUUAUGGAUAGGAAACCGAAGGUGCUUUUUUAAUGGUUUGCACAUCACAUAAAUGUAUCGUGCAACAUAGCUAGCUGCAUGCCUGGGAUAGAAAAUUCAAGGAGCUCCUUUGCAGCAUUCACAUUGCCUAAACAUCUUUCAGCUAUUCAGUGCCAGUGUCCACAUAGCAGCCUUACUGUAGCUUAAAGUGUGUUUAAUUGCGCGUGUAUUGUCACAGGUCGCAUAUGACUUCAAGUAUGAAUGUUCAUUCAGGUUAUGCUCCAGUUUAUGCUGCUUUUGUUUCAAAGGAACUCUCAGUGCAGGUAUCGUAUUUUAUCACUGAUUACCUGCACAAAAUAUUCAGAUUAGUUAGAGAUAAGCUGGGUGGGUGCAAGUUAUACGCGAAUUUCGGUCUGCAAGUUAGCUUCACGACACACACCGCUUCGUGGUAUUGCGAGGUUGUCAAUGUUAGAGGAAUACAGAGAAAUCUCGGUAACACGAACCCCACAUUAACGAACUUUUCAGAUUAAUGAACCUUUGUAAAUCCUGCGCCGACUCCUAAUAAUUUCAAUGUAAAAUUAUUUCACUACUAUGUACUUCAGUAUACUGAACUUUUCAGAAUAACGAGAACUAAUUUAGUUACAAGUUAUAUUAACAACGCCUCAGUACUACGAACUCAUGUUCCGAAAUCCGUUGCGACCACUGGAGCGGUAUGCAAGCAGACGACAAAGCGAACAGACGCCUUGCUUUCCUAAAAACCCGCGACAAUGUGGAGGGAAAAAAUAAAAUGAAAGGACGACUUUCCUUUCUUUCUUUUUGUUGAAACGCCAACGCUGCAGGUUUACAAGCGCCGAGGCGAGGGGCGUGGGCAACAAGGGAGGGUAAGAUCAGCAAGGCAGAGUAGGAGUUGCGGAGCAGGAAGCAUGCGCACGGAAAACCUGAGACAGCGAGGGAGCAGAAAACGAAACGCAAGGAAUUUUCUUUUUUAGCCCUUUUUUUUCUUCAGAAGAGGUGAUGACAGCCACGACGCUUGGGGUUUUUCUUUCUUUGUCACUUCUACAUGUGCUCUAGGAGGCCUUGUUUGUCAGUCGUGUUCAUCUCUGUUCAGUGUUUACUUAGCGUGUCCGCAAAACAAGUCUGCGUUCUAGCUGCAGUGCUACUACAGAUGAGUUCAUCUCUGCUUGCGAAGAAGCGGUAGCAGUUUUUACUAACCAAGAAAGUGGAUAUUCUUUGGCAACUGGAAAGCAAAAAGCAGGCUGUUGUGACCAAAGAACUGAAUCGCACCACAGGAAUGUGGAUGAGCUAGAGGCCUUCGUGCUGCAAAGUUUCUGCUGCACGCUUAAAAAAAAAAAAACACAGACUUUUUUAAAGUGAAAGUGCAUUUUUUUUUGUGUGUGUUCACUUGUGCAUUAGUUCUUUCUCGUGAAAAACGCGUUCAAGGACCCACCGUUGUAUUGUAGAAGUAAGUCUUUUUGGGUGGUAGAAAAUAAGUACUUAUGGUCAACUUUUGGACUUUUGCUGUAAUGACCUUUCGAAAUAGCAAACAAAUUGCCUCGGCCCCCUGAGGUUCGUUAUACCGGGAUUUCACUGUACGCAGUGAUCUUACAUUUUGGAAGACUAAGUAAAAAGACAGAAGGCUAAAUGUGCUGCAAAGUAUGUUUGAUCUUGUUGACUUCUUUUUCAAUUUAGUCUUUCUUUCUGUGGUUUGCAGUUAGAUGAGCGAGUUAUAUUCAGGGACAGGUAAUGCGCUGUAAAAUACGGCAUAUUUGAAGGUAUUUUUGGUGCCUAAUGUCUUGUAGCAACUUCUCCAUUGCUUGUUCAGCUACAUUAUUAUGAUGACGGGUGAAAGUCAAUGCUCGCAAUGCAAGUUUAGCAGUGAACGCAUCAGCCCUCGCACAUGGAGUUCAAUAAUUACACCUUAUUGGAUAAUUUUUUCAGAUUCAUCAUGGCCUUCAGCUAUUUUGGAGUUAGUCAGGACAGCGUUUUGCCGAAGCUUGUCUUUGCUAAUUGCACUCGAUUUGGGAGUGAUUGCAGAGUUGUGAAAAUGUGUUGAUCUGCUUAUGAGAUUAUCCUUUUUUUUUUUUUUCUAGCCUGAUGAAUGAGCAUAUUUUUGUAUUGUGUGCUGUGCACCUCACCGUAAUUGCGAGCCUCGGUGCGUCCACAGGAGAUCUGUCUAUAUUAAACAGAGGACACUCGACAGCAGUCAAAACAUUGCUUGUCCGGCGUACUUAGCAUACUGUACCUGUAGUGUACCUGCAGUGUAGACAAUUGCAAUGUAUUCACAGUGGGCUGCACUUUUUUACUCUGAAUGCACGGCCCUUGCUGUCUGAUAAAUGAACAAGGUUGUGGGUUCUGUUUUCGAAAUCAGCUUCUGCGGUUACAUGAAAGUGUAAUCUGAAAGCGCGAAUCUGUGUUCUACGUUACAAGUACUAAUACGCAUCCCUCCAGUGUGUAAUCAUUCCGACCCUGUGUGGCUUUCCCACGCUGCACCCCAUGAAGCUAUCAGCACUGUCCCACCGCAUUCGUUUCUGAGCUGUUCUGAACUACUCCUUAGUGGAGCUGAAUAUUGUUCCUCCUUGGUGUUCAGUUUGUCUGUGUUCCUCCGCUUGUUUGCACGGCUGCAUUGAACAAAUGCUGUUGGGUUCUGAGGCUUCCAUGGUGUGCAUUAGCAAUCCCUGAAGGGUAAUUGUGCAUUUAUGUUUAUGAUCACUAUGUGCAGACUUUUUUUUUGGUUAAUGCUUCUACUUAAUGUUUUGUGAUGCUACUGCCUGUUACCGAAUCUCUAUUUCGAGCCACUUUCUCGCUUCCCCUUAUGGAUCAAGUUGUAUACGCUCAGAUAUUUUUGCAGUGUCUUUUUUUUAUUUGUUGUUUGUUUUUCAGCUGUGAUAUCAAGCGGCCUUAUGCUUUUAGUGUCUUUGAGAGCAGCUGUGAAAGGUCGAGUAUUAUGUAGUUUUUCAGUAAUAGUCUGUAUUUUCUUUCCUUUAUUGUCUGCCUCUGCGGAACAGUGGCUAGGGUGCUCGACUACUGAGCCGAAGGUCACGGGUUCGAUACCGGCCGUGGCAGACUCAUUUUGUUGUGGGCGAAAUUGUAGAGGCCCGUGUACUGUGCGAUGUCAGUUCACGUUGAAGAACACCAGGUGGUCAAUAUUGCUGGAGCCCUCUGCUACAUGGCGUCUCUCAUAAUCAUAUCGAGGUGUUGGGACAGAAAACCCCAGAUAUUAUGAUUAUUAUUAAUAUUAUUUGUGUUCUUCAUUUAACAUGUUUUUAUAUUGUUCACAAAUACUUAAUAAAAUGCCAUGGUGUAAACUCAUUGAUUAGGGCUCUGCAGGAACCGGAUGUAUGGUUGAAUAAAAUAAAAUUCAACCGAAGACACCCUGUCGAAUGUAGCACCCGGUGACUUAAUCUUUGUUGCUGGAUGGGUUGAACCUGCACAUUCUUCGUGCUUGCCACAGCCAUUCUGUGGCUAUACCUUAAGGUUUCUCUGUAAUUUUGUGAUCAAGCUAACAGUUAAACGGCCAUGCGUUGUGGGAGAUUGUAGUUAUCUUGAUUUUGGAAGAGAGUGGAUGUGGCUGAAUGGUGUGGGCAGCACGACAAAGUGUGCUGUCAUUAUCAGGGCUUACACACAAAACAUUUUUGUAUGUUCUUGCAGCAGCAUGCCCGUUGCAAGUAGUGCACAGUGACAACCUUGACAGCACUGUAACAAUGGGUGACUGUGUCAUCUCUAUUGCCUUUUUUUUUUUGUGUGUGUGUGUGCCCACCUUGUCAUAAUGCUUCUUGGUGCUGCAGGUAAUGAAUUUAAAGGCGCACUAAAGAGCAAAGUGGUUUCUCGCAUGUUAGUAAUGUACAAUUUCACAAUUCCAAAAACACUUCUCUUACCGCGACUUGAGGCUUAGUAAGUGAAAAAAUGCGUGAAAACAAAAUGUGUGUGGAGACACCACUGUGAGAUUCUGACGCCAAACACCUUGGCGUAGUAAAUUUUGAAGGUGUCUACUGGGUUCUAAAUAGCUUCUACUCAAUAAAAAUGAAGUAUAUUGUCUUCUGUGGGUGCCCUAGACCUAGCAUUUGAAGUCGCAGAAAAUUUCAUGGAGCCAAUGUCUCGAAAAUAGGAAAAUGCAUUUUGAAAUUGCUGUGUCAUGUGCAGAGAUUUCAGUGCGAAAUUAAAAAAUAAAACUUCAACCUUGAUUUUUUCCGCUAAUGAUGAACUUAUGACAGAGAAACUUAUGGCAUUAGAGUUCUCACAGUGCAGGUUAUGAAUCUAAAUCAAGUAAUUAUUUUUCUUUGGUGUCUCUUUAAAAAAUGCUGGUGUUCUGUGUGCAUGACACAUUGGCAUGCUAUACCUGAAAUCGACUCAUUGAAGCCAAACAAUGCCCCAUAGAAAGUUCGCAGCAUAGGUGAAGUGAACAUCCCACAGAAGAUACAAUGCUGAACACUGAGCAUCCUGAUUUCAUGUUGUGACUCCUUCGUUCCUUCUUCACCAGAACUCCCAACGUUAUGUAACGUUCAUGCAAAGGCAUUGAUACACGCUUGCUCUUUUGCAACACUGCAUAGAAUGUGAGUGUGUUCUAGAGUGAUGCGAAUUAAAGCGCUGCCUGGCCUCUUUGGCUGCACUUUUGAAAAGAUUCUCAGUGUCCGAUUCGAGACCUUGAAUGUGUUUUGUUCCAAUGCAUUUGUACACUCCUAUGCUUUAAGUCGAAGGAAAGAAGCAACUAGAUUUAUAGUGCAUGUAUUGCAUGUCUGAUGUAGUUUCGUCUUGCACACGUGGCUUUUAUUGUUCAUCUGUGCAUGUUUUUUGUUCUUUUUUGGUCUAUUAGCUUUGUAUUUUAUGGAUGAAUCUCAUUUUUCUUAGAUCCUUUACCUCAGUAUUGCACCAGCUACUGAUGAUACUGCAACUUUCGCAAUGACUUUCAGACAUCAAGCACUAUCUUUGAUGCUAAAAUACUCUUGCCUGCAAAAGCGUGUCGGCAUGUGGCCGAGUUCUGGCGUGGGUGCCGACGAGAAAUUGUGCUGUACGACAGGAGUGCAGUGUUGAGACUUAGUGCAGUGGAUUCUGAAAUGUAAAUUUCUUAACGGUUACUGAAGGGUCGAAGGCAUUUGUCCUUUGGAUCUGCGAUUCAAUAUCACAGUAUCAAGGCCAUACUGAUCGUAGCUGUAGUUUUCAACACUGGCAGUACAUAUUGGCAUAAACCGAUUUUCUUUGGGAGUGCCUUGGUCAAGUCAAGUGUCCGUGACAGCUGCAAAGUUCAACAGCACAACAGAUGAAGACGAAAGAUACAUGAACAACAGCUCAGGUCCUGUUGUUCAUGCGUUUUUCGUCUUCGUUCGUUGUGCUGUUGAACCUUGCAGUUUUUUUUUUUUGUCUGAAAAUGAGGGUGGUCUGCCUCGUCAAAUCACUGCUUUCAAACAUCUCACGUUGAAUAUUUCUACUUACCCUCUAUGCCCUGAUACCCUCCCUAAUUUAUUUGUAACAUUUGCGAAUACAUGGUCACUUUGCAGUUGUACACUUGUGUCAGGUUUAGGGGGAAGUCGGAGCUGUUCAUGUAAAAGGUUUACUGGUCGGCCUCUCAGGUUUCUGUGGAAAAUCUUGUUGUGAAACGACACCAGAUGGCCACCUGAUUUCAUCUGGCUGUUUCACUCAAGCUUUCUAAUGAAGUGACACCACUAACAGCACGAUUAGUUAACAUUGUUUUUCAUCCAAGAACUUGUCUGGCCCAUGUUUUCUUGUUCUUGCGUGCUCUGUGUAAAGCUAAAUUGAAUCUGUUAAUGAAGUGUGUAUGUAUCCACCAGAAAGGAUGGUUUUGAAGCAAGCUUUCAAAAAGGAGCUGCCUAUAGUUGCUUCCCGAGGUAGAGUGUUUACGAGGCUUUGCAACUUUUGCCAUUCACGAGCUGGCAGGUGUUGGUUUUCACAUUCUCGACAGAGAAAACCCAAAGUUUCAUUGAAAUUGAUCUUUCAGUUACAUUAUAAAGCACAACUUUUUCUGUGGGAAAAAUUGAUCUUUUGGUUACUUCUAAAAGCACAACUCCUUCUUGUGGAGGUGCCUUUCAUUAAGUGGCUGCCAUAUUUGGAACAUAGCCUUUCAUGUAAUCUACCAUACAGUGUAUAUUCUCGAUACCUUCGAGGUAUAAAUCAUAAUGCAUUUCCUAGUUUCUGUUUGUACGCUGAAAAAAGUCUUGCUAAGUGUGACUGUUCAACAAAAAAUUCGAACCCAGAAGGAAAAUGUUUGAGGGCAGAAAAGCAUGCUGCUGUGUUUCUGUUUAAAAGAUGAUAAUAUGUGUGCCUUUGUGUUAUCACAAUGUUGAAAGAUGGCAGUAUGUAUGCUUGCUAGCUACUAUUUCAUGGCCGAUGCUAAUUUACGGUAUGCAAAUUUUAAGAUAAAAUUAGCUGAAUGUUUCUGUUGCAAACAUGGUGAUAAAAAAGUGCAGUAUCUUGAGUAAAGGAUAGGCUAUCUAGCUUAGGCUCUGUAUCUCAGCAUGCUUGUCUGGCAACUCCCGGUGCAGAAGGCUGCUGAAAUAUACAUUUUAACUUAUUGUUUGGUCACGAAGUGAAAAGUGAAAUUUAAGCACUUCAGUAUGUGUCUAAGACUAACCAGCACACCACUCUGUGGUUUGUUUUGGGUUGUUUUUCUUCACGUUUCAUUGGGACGGUUAUGAGUGAUGGUAGUGUGUUGUUUUUAUUACGAAGGCGAGUUUGAUCUUUGCAUGGCUGGUCUAUGUGUCGCGACAAACUGCAGGUAUGUGGACCCUACUGCAUGCAGAUGUAUGUGUGUCAUUGAGAAAAGUGUGAGAAUGGUGGAGCGUAGAAUCUCGGUUGUGAGAUCGGUUCAAUGAACAGUCGACAUGUGGUGACCUUUCGCAGGCAUUCAAAUUCGUCUGCUUGUAUUUAGUGGUUGUGUCAUUUUUAUCCCCGUGGAAUUGUCAUUUCUGGUGUUGUGUGCAUGACGCAGUGCCUCUUUACACUGUUGCGUCACCUGAUGAUUCGUGACCUUGCUGUAUUUAUUGUAAUUUAUUUGAACAGAAGUUGAGAAGUAAAUUGUGUGUUAACAUUUCAAA